AUGUGGGUUAUGUGGAAACGUAACAGAUUCGUGUUCACGACUCACGAGGUUAUCGAUCAGUUUAUUUCUAGUUUGGUCACAGAUUUGAUUUCAGGGGAGAGUAGAAAGGUUAUGUGUGUGUAUGCCUCUAAUAGUAAUAUAGAGAGACGUGAUUUGUGGAGGCGCAUGACUCAGAUUUUUGCUGGUUGGAGAGGGCCGGGUAUGGUCAUGGGGGAUUUUAGUACCAUCAUAAUUCAUUCUGAAGCCUUCGAGGGCGCUCCAAAUUGUGGGGAUAUGGAGGAAUUUGACAUGGCUAUUGGAGAGGCGGACCUUGUUGAACCCUCGGUUCAGGAAAACUGGUUUACCUGGACUAGCAAGAUCCAUGGGUCGGGUUUGAUGAGGAGGCUAGAUCGUAUCCUAGUGAAUGAUGAGGGCCUUAGUGCUUGGCCUAACAUGAGGGUUAACGUUCUCCCUUGGGGUAUUUCUGAUCAUUCUUCCAUCCUUGUUUAUCCCAGCUACCAAUGGAGUCAGCGGGUGGUCUCUUUUCGUUUCUUUAAUCAUUGGGUUGAAGAUUCUUCCUUUUUGGAUGUAGUUUCCUCUAUUUGGACCAGGGACUCUAGAGUUUCUUCGAUUGUGAGUUUUGUGAAGAACUUAAGGAAUCUCAAACCGAUUCUACGCAACCAUUUUGAUAAGCACAUCCAGACCAUAAGUGAGGAUGUCCGUCUUGCUAAGGAUACCAUGGAUCAAGCUCAGAGAGAGGUAGAGAUAAACCCUCUGUCGGAGGAGCUAAGUAAUCAAGCUAGUUUAGCUACGGUGAAUUUUUGGAGAAUGUUUGUUCGAUCAAGGCAAAGCAGUAAUGCAUUGCGUUCAGUUGUUGAUCCAAAUGGUACUCAGUUGACUAACCAUGAUCAGGUGACUCAAGUGGUAGAUAAUUAUUUGAAAAAUACUCUGAGAUUCCAGAAUAUUGGUUACAAAGAGCUUUCUCCUAGUAUUGAGGAUAUUGUUCAGUUUAGAUGGACUGAUGAGUGCUACCAGGCCCUUCAGGCGUUAAUUGGUAGGGAAGAGGUGAGACGCGUUAUGUUUUUCAUGGAUAGUGGAAAGGCACCAGGACCUGAUGGGUAUUCGGUUGGCUUUUUCAAAGGAGCUUGA